AUGUAUCAUAAGCUUAUGAAUAUGCUUGUAGCUUACAUAAGUAUUUUAAACCAUUUUCAUAAAUUUUACUUUGUGUAAUCUGUAAAUGGAUAUGACUGCUCUGGAGAAAUAAGUAGCUUGAAAUCAAAUUCUAAUAUUAUGUGUGCUAUGGAAUUUUUUAAACUCAAGGAUAUUACACCACUUAAAGAUGAUAAAAAUUUAUCAUUACCAGAAAAUUGUUACCAAAUAACAUUAAUGAGUGGAAUGCCUUUUAUUGGAGGUAAUAGCUGUGAUUUUACAAAGCCUUUAUAACUUACAUACAAUAACUCUACUUAUUACGCCAGCAAAGUUAGUAUUUAAUAAAAAUAUGUAGUAGUAGCCAAGCCAUAAUGUCCUUAAUAGCUUGAAAUUAACAUUUCUAUUAAUUAAUUUAGCUUUUUUUAUAACUAAACUCCUCCUUACAAAGGUCCUGGCUUUUGUGACUAUUAUUCAAAUAACUUUUUUUAAACUACAGACAGCCUAAACUCUUAGACUUUAUCUAUUUCUUUAUCUGUAAAAAAACCCUCUAUAUAAAGUUAAAUUUAUAUUGUCCUUAGUACUGUAGCUCUUGUGAUAAUGAUUAGAAAAGUUGCUUUAGCUGUAUGGAUGGGUAUUACUUAGAUAAUAAUGUUUGUUAAAAAUGUGACAUUAAUUGUUAAACUUGCAACGGUCCUUCAUCUACUGAUUGCUCCACAUGUAACUAAGGUAGUUACUUAUAUAGGAAUAACUAAUGUGUAAGUUGUAAAAGUGAUGGUACUUAUAUUGAAAAUAACCUUUGCUUUGACUGUGACUCUAGUUGCUAAACUUGUAACGGUAAAAGUUAAAACGAUUGUUUAAGUUGCUACCAAGGGUUUUAAAUAGUGA